AUGAUAACUUUGCAUAUAAGUAAGAAAAAUCGAAUUCUUUACUGUAAUCUAAAAUUUCCCUUCUCCCCAAGGUUUUACAACUCUAGAAGGUUGGAGGAACCAGAUAAUGUGAGACACAGUAAUAGUAAGUUCUCUGUGUUUAAAGUCGGAAGUGACGACUGGAAGGAAAGAAAGUCUCUGCGUUCUAAAAAAAUACAAGAGGCUUAUUCCGAGAAAGCUGAAACAAACAUAAGUUUAGCUAAAAACUUUGUCAAUCAACGAGAUAAGAUGGCUGAGCUUCUUAAAGAUUCUUCAACUAUGAGUGAAUUAUUCAAAGAAAAGAAAAAUAAUUGGCAUAACCUUGCUCACGAAGAAGACCCUAGAGUUUCUACGUAUGACAGCUUAAGUGACACUCUAGGGGGACUAUCAUACACAAAUACUGAGCUCGAAAAUAGCAUGAUGAUGAUAUGCACAUAUUUUAUAAAUUCAGUCAUAGUAGAACUCAACCUAAGAAAGGUUUUAACGAAUGAGGCAAAGUUCGAUUCAUUUUUAUUCACUCGUUCACUAAUGAGUAGCGUAAGGUCUACAAAUGAUUGGACUGAAACUUUUCAACUAUUGAUUAAACUAUAUGAUAUAAAAGAAGGAACACCGAAAUCUCUAGAUGAUUUUGUCAAAGGCUUGGAUAAAAUCGGUGUUGAACUGUUGAUUAGUGAUUUUAAAAGUUCCGAUCAUUUCAAUUCUUUAGAAAUGUUGAGGUACUUUUUCUGUUACUUUAAAACUUCACAACAUCUAAACUAUGAUGAGUCUGACACAAUAAAAUUCGUCAAAUCAUGGUAUCCCAUUAAAUUUCAGAGUCCUGAAGUCAACAAUUCAGAUUACAUAAAGGGAUUCGAUAAUUGCUUCGAGAAGUAUAAAGCGAACAAUGAUCUUGGUCAUCUCGAACUUGCAUUAGAUCUAUCAAAAGUCAUUAUAACAUGCUCUAAAUAUACUCCCUCAGUCAGCAUAUUCAAAUAUUUAUUGGAUAAAUUAGGUGAAAUGGGUCUACUCAGUUACCAAACAAUAGUGUAUGAUAGUAUUGCCCCUGUUAAAUACAAAGGAUCUAUCUUGGGGACCCCUUUGACUAAAGCUUUGAGGCCUCAGAGAGUAGCGGAACAUUUUCAAGAUCUUGUAGAAUCUGAUCCUGGACUUCUUGAAUCAUUUAUCAAAUUCCAAGUUCCGAGAGGUGAUGUCACUACUCUCGUGAAGUUAUUAGCAUUCUACCGAUUGAACGAGGUGAUGGAUUAUGUGGCCGUCUUAGACAGGUCUAAUCUUUCUAAGGUCAUUUCGAAAUCAAGGUUUUCGAGAAACCUGACGAUGACUUUCAAAACCAUAAUAUUUAAAACAGAUAGAGAAAUUUUUGUUUCAAGGGAGUCAAUAUAUUCUGCUAUUGAAGCAUGUAUUUCAUUACAUGCAUACAAGUAUAUCGAUGCUUUAGUCGAUAAAUUAAUUGUGAAUUCUGUGAAAAAUGAUGACGAAAUUCAGAUAGCAUUGAGUUUGGGAGGUAAUCCUUCCAUUUUCUUGAAAGGUAUAGACCCACCUUUAAUUAUAGCCAAAGUGUUGCCUCCAGAUGAGCUAUCAUCAAUUAUAUUUGAUAAAAAUCUAUUCAAAAUAUUGUUACGAGCUUCAAGAGAAUCAGACGAUAUUGGCAGGCUUAUGUGGCUAACUCCACACUUAGAUUCUUAUCUAAAUCGUUCUCUUGAAGUUAGUGCCCCUCAUAUAGAUGCUAUCAAAGUGCAUUUGAGAAAUUGUAAAGACGAGGUAGAUGAGCGGUUCACGUUAGCGGAAGAUAGUUCAUUGAUUGAUAUGGCAUUGAUUUCCGAAAUCUACGACGCGAUGUCUGUUCUUGGUUUGGAUGGGAAACUUGUUGCAUAUGAUAAAUUUUUAGAUUUCAAAAAUACUCACCCUAAACUAAUAGACUCACCUCCAGAAAGAAACCAAAAUGAAACUAAUGCAUAUUCCUCGGAAGCGAAGGAUCAGUUCUAUUUCACAGCUAACCCAGCUAGUGAUAAGAAACUUUUGUAA